UCAUCUGCAGAUGAUACUGCCCAAACGUCUGCAUCGUUACAGUCUUUAUCACCCCAGAGUUCAUCAUCUGCCUCCUCCAACAGCAACCAGACUCUGGAAAUUGACUGGGCUGUUAACUUUGUGAUACCAUGGGAGAAGUUUCCAGAGGAGCUAAUGCAGUCAUUAGAGAGAGGUAAACGGCCAAGUCCUAGACUGAGACGGGAGAUGGUGCGGAUUGUGAUCUCUGAGAUGAUGCAAAAAAGUUCCUCUAUAGGCAAAAGGGGCACUACAGAAGUUG